AUGCAAAGAAGAUUUUUUUUAACAGAAGUUUCAGAACGAGCCGCCAUUUUAUAAACUGCUUCCUGUCACUGUCACGGUGACAUUUGUUUGACAAAACGGUAAACUGAAAUUUGAAAACUUUUCUCAACGAUUUCAUGCAACUGAUUGUAACGAAUUUGUAUUUAUUUUGAUAAUUUGCUAAAUUUGAAGCUCUGGCAAUGGGUGAUUCAUUAUUCGAUAUCUUUGGCGACCACUUGAUGAGGCAAGCUGUGAAAAAUGUAGGGCGCCAACCUUUAUCCAACAACGAAAAUGUGGGUAAAACCGUGUUGAACGCGCCCAUAAAACCCAACGAACCCAUGAAGAAGGGUGACACAAAGAAGUCUUUUCUCUCCAACACCGGGAAGGCUCUGCAGAGUACUCCAGCGCGGCAAGUGUUCACACCUCGCGCGGUGAACGUCGGCGCGCUGAUAUACAGCGACCCAGACGCGGACGUCAAGGAGUUUAAUAUGGAGGAGCUGGAGUUCACCAAACCUUCAUACAAAUAUGACAACUACCACACCGACAUUCAUGACUACCUCAACCUGCCGACGCCUAAGCUGAUGCCCGAGCUGUCUCCCCCCAACACCCCUCCACCAACGCUCGGCAGGCACUCUAUGGAGCUGGACAACUCAUACCACGACGAGUUCUUUACUGAUGAUUUCUCAAAUGAAAGUAUUCAGGAUGAAGAUCUUGGCCUUCCAGACUUAUAUUGAUAACAUUAGUUAUAGAUUGCAUAAUAAUGUAUAGACAUACGGCAUUUGUAAAGCCUUUGAAUUAAUAAAUAACAACUGACAAUAAUUG